UUCUUCUUUCUUUUUUUAGCGCGUAGCUUUUUUUUUAGAGCUGGAAACAGGCAAAAAAAAACCCUGAAACUCUGCAAUUACUGUAGACAUGAAUUUCAAAAUACGGCGUGCUGCGAAGGAAGACUGCAAAGACAUAUCGAGGAUGAUAAUGGAUUUGGCGAUUUAUGAAAAGAUGCCUGACCAAGUGAAGAUUUCGCAUGAAGCUGUUUUGUGUUAUAGCGAGAUUGGGAAAAAGAAGCAGUGUGCGCGGCUGCAGUUGUCUGCGUUAGAGUGGAACACUCCCUCUCGAGACUUUUAUGCUGCUAAAGGAGCUCAGGACCUCACUGUCACUGAAGGCUGGCACGCUAUCCGCUUUGAUGGACAGAGCCUGGACAAUUUAGCAAAUGAAGCACCUAAAGAUUGACAAGAAAACUAUGCUCUUUACCCUUCUGUGCAAAA